AUGUUUCUGCUUUGCGACAGCCCUCUUUGUGGCUAUUGCCUUCUGUGCUUCUUUGAACGAGCCGGCUCGUUCGUGCAACAACAGAAGCUGCGUGGUUAUACGAUAUCUUUAGGACCUAUCCUGGUCACUGACGCCCAUCAACACGGUGGUAGGCGGCCAUUAGGUAUCGGCGAAUGUUCCACAAAGCAAUUUAAUUCAAAGGAUCCAGCUAUUUCAUCGAGCCUCAGGUGGAAGCAAAAGACCACACAAGAACUU